AUGAGCAAACCAAUUUUAUUUUAAUUUAAUGAUGCCGUCACUCUUGCUGGAGAAUAAAUUACAGGAUUUUGCUAUGUUAGAAUUCCUUUAGAUAUGCCUAAAGUUUAAAUUGUUUUGACUUUCUAAACAAAAGAAUAUUCAAAGGUUUUAGAAAAGAAACAAGUAAACGUUAACAAAAUAAAAAUUAGAUUCCGUAUGAUGAAAGUAACCCUUAGAUGAUACCUGAGAAGCUAAUAGAGAAGAAAUAGUCUGUAUAAAUUACUCUGGAUUCUCCAAUUGGUUAACAAAAAUAUGCAUAAAAGAAAUAUGAGUUAAAUGGAAACCUAUUAUAUCGAAUUUUUAGGUAUUAUGGAACACAUGACUCUUUUAUAUAUACCUAAGAACUUUAUAAUGGUAGUGUUAAAGCUGGAGACUAUAAAUUUAAUUUCAAUAUUCCAACCUAAUUCAAUAUGCCUUCUAGUUUUUAAUACAAAAGUAAUGAUGGUAUAAAUAAUUUAAAAUUGUAAUAGGUCAAAAAUAAGGAAAAUGUGGUUAUAUGGUGACUUUAAAAAUUGAUUCUCCAGAAGAAGCUAGAACAAUAAUGACUGAGAGUACUGAUGUCUAUCUCAAUAGUAGAUUUAAAGAAACUGAAUAAUUUAGAUAAUUAGAGGGAAAUAUAGUUCAUUUUCUUUGUUUAAAUAGUGGAGCUGUUGAAUUAUCGGUGAAAUUGAAAACAAAUAAAUUUACACCUGGAGAUAGAAUAACAGUUGAAUACUCUGUUGAUAACACUCGUUCUUAGAGACCUAUUAAUAGGAUAGAAGCAAGAGUAAUAAAUAAAUUGAUUUUCAUUGACAAUGAUGAAGUCGAAAGAAUUAUUGAAGAUUUAGUAGUUGUGUCUUAAUAAUGGAAUGGUCUUUCAGCAGGAUAAAACAAAGAUAGAAUUCUUUCUAUUUUAGAAUUACCAAAAGAAUUAAAAGCAUCUUUGAAGACUAAUACUAUUAAAAAUUAAUAUUUUUUUUAAUUAGAAGCAAUAGUUGUAAUUAAAUUAUUUUUAAUAUAAGGAUUCAUUUUUAACUUGGCUUUCAGUACCUGUGAUUUGUUAAAUCCCAAUACAUAUUUAAGAAUUAUAAAUGCUACCAAGAAUUAAUUUAGAUGGUUGGAAUCUAGUCUCAAAUUUAAAUGUUAGUAUUGGCAACUUUCCAAAUGUUUCUAUAGAAUAAUCAUACAUACCUUGA